AUGCCGGAUGCCUUGUCUGAAAUCCUCACCGUUGGUCCAGUUGCUCAGGCCAUGCUCAUUGACCUACAUGUGAAGAGCUUUCAAGAGGCAACCAGACGGCUGAAGGUGUCUGCAUGGUGCAGAAAGAGGGCAAGCCCAGAAGAGUUUGACAAGUACGUUGACUUUGCCUGUGUCUUUGCGUUUUUGCGUGCCGAAGCCAGGAAGAUCACCUCAGACCCCUCUGUGGAUUCCAAGCUCAUCGAAGCCUUUAUGAGCAAGCUGUUACAGCCACAAAGAGCCCCCAGUUCCAAGUGCAGUCAGUCCUUGGCUGUUUGGGCGGACAUCAUUGCGCCUCCAAUGAUUCCAACGUCGCUUCAAGGAGACGCAGGUGCUGAUGUCCUUGCAGCACAAGAGCAGGCCACGGCUUCCAAGUUCAGUGAGGUGAAGAUUCGCUUGGCCGCAGAUGCGCAUGCAAUGAACCAGUACAACUUGGAGCUGAACAAAACCGCCGGGAAGCAACACGUGGCCAAGGUUCUGCUUGAGAAGACCCAGCUUGCAACUGGCAAGAAGGUGGUGGAUGAGUUCAUGCAGAAUCACUGCUGGGUUGGCCUGGUGGGUGACAUGGAGAUGCCUGCUGAAGUUGACAUCAUUUUGAGGGCGACAGCAGUCAGGGCCCAGGUCUCCACCGACAAGGUGAAUGUGAUUGGCUGGAUGGACCUCACGAAGUUGGGGGUUUUGGGGCAGAAGGAUGUGAAUCGCAUCGGAGCAUGGUGUGAAAAGCUGAUCUCAAAGCGACCAACUGGAACCGUCAUCGUCAUGGCCCUGCCGCUGCUGACUUCGACUGUGAGUUGCGGAGCGUUGCGGAACGACAUCCGAAAGUUGGAGGACAAACUCCUGAACCAUAGGAUCGAGUUUCGCUUCACGCUCUACCUUUGUGUGUCUGACUGCACAUUGCCUGCGAAGGGCACUGCGCAUCGCGCAAACCGCAAUGCUGGAAAGGUUGAUCCUGCUGAUGUCAACGUCUUUUGCAGCUCGCAGCUGUGGCGUGAGCAGUUGCUGCCAACGGUUUGCCGCCCCUUGGAGGAGUCGGAGUUUGUGAUCCCGGGCUGUGCUCAGAGCAGUGCUGAGGGCAGACGAAACUACACGGAUGUCCAGGAGACUGCACAAUGGCUGGGAGGCAGCCAGAUCCCGUCCGCAAUUUUGGCCUCUUUGACCUCAGGCAUUGGUGAUUCGAACCCGACGAUGCUGGCAAAUGCCACCCUCUAUGAUGGGUGCGUCGAAAAGGCAUGCAUCAACAUGGGCAUCACGUGCUGCAGUCAAACUGACAGGCAGGCGCCCUUCAACACCGGCUUGCAGUUGGUGAAGUCCCACUUGUUGGACAUGUGGAAAGCACGUGAAGGUGCGAUGCAGAACAAGAUUCCAAAGUACCAAGCUGAGCCAAACCAGUGUGAUCUUCCAACUGGCCCUGCUGAGCCAGACUUCAAGCUUUGCAGCCUGGUCGAUGGUUGCUUGGUCUUGCCGCGCGACGUGCGCACAGAGUUCCUCACAGACCCAGUUCGGGGACCAGAGUGGAGAAAAAUUGUUGGUGAGUUUGACCGGUGCUUCGCAGUUGCAGCUUCGAGGGAUGCAGCUGAUGCUGUGCCUCAGGCCUCUGGUGAGCCAGCCAACCAGCAGCAAGCUGGCUUUUCCUGGGAAUCCAUCUUUGCAGAUGAGCCGCGUGACAGGGCAAGCUGGCAUCAGAAAUACGAUGGGCACGUGAAGGGGAAGUGUCAGUGGUGCGCUCAGUUGACGGCCUACCUUGUCACAUCACCCUCUGCUGCUGGCGAAGAUGAAACUCCCAGGUACAUGCUGUUUGUGGAGGCAAGCGAGGACUACACCAUCCCGAAGGAUGAUGCCUUUUUGGCCUACGGGGCGGGGACGUGGCUUCUUGAUGGCAAAGCCGAUGCCUACAUUGAGGAAAACAACGACUACUUCAAGGGAGUUCUUUGCCAGUUUACUUCCGAUGUGGCCUUGGUCGUCUUGGAGGAAAGCGGCACCGACGGUCCCGUGAAGACUCUGCGUGAAAUCAUUCAGCAGUGUGAGACUGCUGGCCUUGUGGACUUUGAGUUGGCGGGCCACACCUACACCCGUCCGCCUGCUGUGGUGCAAGGAGUCUCCACUGACCAGUACCUCGUUUGUCUUGAUGUUUAA